GGCCAGGCAGGAGGGCCAGAGUCCAGGCUUGACUCAUCUCCCUCUUCACCAGGGCUUAGAUCCCAGCUUUGUAGCAGAAAAUAAGACAAGCCUCACACAGCAGAGGGGCACUCAGCCCUGAAGGCACAGGGAGGCAAUUCUAUUCCACCUCUCCACCAUGGAGUACCUGUCGGCCUUGAAGCCCAAUGGCCUACUGAGGUCAGUGUCCACUAUGAGCUCCGAGUUUGGCCGUAGGGUCUGGAACUCAGCUCCACCACCUCAGCGACCUUUCCGUGUCUGCAAUCAUAAGCGGACCAUCCGGAAGGGUCUAACAGCUGCCACCCGCCAGGAACUGCUAGAUAAGGCCCUGGAGACACUGCUGCUAAGUGGAGUGCUGACAGUGGUGCUGGAGGAGGAUGGAACUGCCGUGGAGAAUGAGGACUUCUUCCAGCUGCUGGAGGAUGACACAUGCUUGAUGGUGCUGGAGCUGGGGCAGAGCUGGAGCCCCAGGAGUGGGAUGCUGUCAUAUGGCCUGGGACGGGAGAAGCCAAAGCACAGCAAGGACAUUGCCCGCAUCACCUUUGAUGUGUACAAGCAAAAUCCUCGAGACCUCUUCGGCAGCCUGAACAUCAAAGCUACCUUCUACGGGCUCUACUCCAUGAGUUGUGAUUUUCAAGGAGUCGGACCCAAAAAAGUACUCAGGGAGCUCCUUCGUUGGACUUCCUCAGUCCUGCAAGGCAUGGGUCAUAUGUUGCUGGGAAUUGCAUCUACCCUUCGCCACAUAGUAGAGGGAGCUGAGCAGUGGCAGCGACAACGUCACCUCCAUUCCUAAGGAGAAAGUGCUUUGAGCUUCUGUCCCAAGUCUGGUUCCAUGAGUGUGAGGACCACUGAGGACAUCAUCAGGUCUAAGGACCUGCAGCCUAGAUAACUCAGCUGAUUUCCACACGUUCUUCUAACCCCAUCAUGACAGACCUAUCAGCAUCUUGCCUUCCUCCUCUAGCCAAUGCCUUUUCCUGAAGAAUGUUGCCUAUCCAACCUACAAUUUCCUGCCUUCUGCUGUAAGACAAGCUUGUCCCCCAAGCAACCUGAUCCCAUCUUGGCUGCAGCUACAUCUAGGUCCUUACCAAUUCCCAUCCCUAAGAUCCCUGCAUAUCAAUGUCAGCACUCUGACUUUACCUUGAGAUACCUUUCCUCUAAAAAAUAAAAAUAUUUCCAAUAAAAAUAUAAAAAAUUU